UCAAAGCUAAGUUUACGGUAUACUUUCUAAGUUUUGCCUUUUUACGCUGUCGAAUAGACUCAUGGCGAAAACGUUAUAAAAGUUAUCGGCAUUUUAUGGUUUUGUUAAGGUGUCUGCUGACCAGUAAAAUACUGUCUUACCGUCUAACGUACGUGUUUCCGCGGUGUCAGGAAUAAGACUGUGCAGCCAUUUUGCUCGUACUGCGGGAUCCGAUACCCGAUGAAUUCAGUAGAAGGGCUCUCGUUCGUUUCACGCCUUACCGGCUCCAGAUACUCCCUAAAUGAAAAAGUCGCCUAACUGUAUUUUUAUCGCAAACUACAUUUAUUAAGCUUUCUUUUGAUGUCUAGUUUGUUAACUAGUGAGCGUACGAAUUUUUUACCCGAAUGACGCCCGCGAAGGUGGGAAGUUAGCUUAAUUAACGAGCACUUACAAGCGAACUCUGGGACACUUUGAACUACUUACAGAUCAUUUCAGGUUAGACUGAAGAUGGCUAAUGGAGAGCCUGUCACAAUGGAUGAUUUUGAGGCAUACGCUGCAAGACAUCUAGACCAAAACGCUCUUGGUUACUAUUCUACGGGAGCAGAUGAGGAUGUGACUCUGUUCGAAAAUCGAGAAGCCUUUAAAAGGAUAAAAUUACGACCGCGAAUGCUGCGAGACGUAUCUCAACAGGACGUUUCUGUUACGAUUCUCGGUCACCAGCUUAGCAUGCCAAUUUGUGUGUCACCUACUGCUUAUCAAGCAAUGGCGCAUCCAGACGGGGAACUAGCCACAGUGAGAGCGGUUCAGUCUGUAGCUACAGCAAUGGGUUUAAGCUUAUACUCCACAAACAGUCUUGAGGACGUUGCGCGGGAGUGUCCGAACACGAUCAAAUUCAUGCAGUUGCAGUUUUACAGUGAUCGGCAAUUUAUGGAGCAGGUGGUAAAACGAGCUGAAAAAGCAGGCUACAAAGCAAUUUUUUUAACAGUCGAUAUUCCGGUCUAUGGAAGACAUAAAGCCAGGCGCAAUUUUCUUCUCCCGAAAUAUCUGAAGUAUGCUAAUUUCAAAUCAUUACAAACGGAGAAAAGACUUCGAACUAACGAGGAGAUUGAUAAUUAUAUAAUCUCAGCAUCUGAUGCCAGUGUCGAUUGGAACACAUUUGACUGGCUUCGUUCGAUUUCGUCACUUCCGUUUGUUCUCAAGGGAAUACUGACUCCAGAAGAUGCUCGUCUCGCGGUACAACAUGGGGCUCAAGGAAUUAUGGUGUCGAAUCAUGGAGGACGGCAAUUAGAUGGUGUCCCGGCCACUAUUGAGGUGUUACCUGGAAUAGUGGAAGCCGUGCGAGGGACAGGAGUCGAAGUGUAUAUGGAUGGUGGCGUGAGACUGGGCACUGAUGUUCUAAAGGCCCUUGCUUUAGGGGCUCGAGUAGUGUUUGUUGGUAGGCCAGUUAUCUGGGGACUCGCAUAUAAGGGAGAGCAGGGUGUAAGAAAAAUCCUUCAAAUGCUUAGAGAUGAACUUAAGGUGGCCAUGGCUUUAGCAGGUUGUGCGUCUCUCAAGGACAUUACCCCAGCUUUAGUGAUGAGACAUGCAAGUCAUCUGUGAACGGCUUAGAAUUCGUUGAUAUGCAUAGAAAUGGCAAUUUCCCAUCAGGGAAAUCAGAGUAGCAGUGAAACGAAUUACACUGAAUGUAAACUGGGAUAUUUAUGCAUAGUGGAAAAAAAGUUUACACUUUAUGUUCUCUUACAAGCCGGCAUUCAUAGAGGGAGUUUCGAUUAUCAUAUGAAAACAAUCAGUCAUUGCAACUUCGUCGGAAGAACAACGUGUAAGGGAGAUCUUGAGUCAGCCGCAACACAGAAAUCGUAAAAAUCUAUAACUUGAAAUUCGCACUUUUUCCUCUUCUUAAAAACCCUCGGAAACCCUAUAAGUGUCUGAAAAAUAGUCACCAGCGCUGUAUGUAGAUGAAAAACACACGUUUGUACUGACCUGAGUAAUGCAAAUUUGGGGAAUACGAAAUGGAGAUACCGCUUUAAGGUUGUAGUGCGGUCACUUAAUAGUAAACAGUGGGCACAAAAACAGAUUGAAAGAGUGCUUUUGUUGGAUUUCUAAUCAGAGCGGGCAAAGAAAAUCAAAGAAAAGAAUAAUUAAUCAUCAUCUAAAAUCUCAUAAAAAAAAUCCUACUCGUUCCCAUA